AUGUUUUCCCUUCAUCUUCUUGACUUGGUAACAUCAAUGCGUCUUUACCGUACUAUCACAAAGACUAUGAGUGUUGACGGGAAUAGCACAGAACCGCCCGCUUUUGUCCCGACGGGGUUGCAGUCUCUUCUGGGCACGGGUGGGUUCACCACUUCAGGCUAUAUACACGCCCUCGUGGACUCCACAUCGAACUCUAACUCGAACUCGAACUCGAACUCGAACUCGGACAGCAGGAUUCCGCUCGUGCAGAUAUCCGAUGAAUCUCAUCUGACACACGAUAGCUUCAAGCCAUACGCGGAUUACCACGACGCCUCCCGUUUGAGAAGCCGUGGCGUUGUCGGAGCUGGCCAGAUUGACAACACCGAUGUGAUGGAGCAGUUUACUCAAUGGUCUGAGUAUAAAAAAGGGUCUUCCCCGACCAACGCAAAGACGAAGCCAGUCCGACACACUUCGCAGCGAAGAACAGACUUCACCAGCAGGGACGAACUAUCCAAGUUUAGCAAAAACCACAACUUCAUCUUCCAUAAGGGGUUCUUGAAGAGGCAGCGCUCCAUACGCAGGGAAGACAGGCAAGCCAAGGUAAGGUCAAGGUUCAGAAACAAGAAGGAGCUGGCAUCUGUCUUAAACUACAUAGAAUUAGAGCAAAUGGACAUUACGACCGUUCUGGCCUCACAAUCGGUAAACUUACACGCUGUUAGGAACAUUACCAGCAGAGAUCCGGCGGUCACCGCUACCCCACAUCUAAGAAACCAGGUGUACGCCAUCAAAGGUCCAAGAAACCUAUCUAUACGCAGGAAACUGCCGAAAUCACAUCCGAUCUCCCGCCCCAUGACGACAGCGACAAUAGCUGCACACAACCCAACGCCUCCCGCGACACGGGUUCGCAGCAAGGGUGUGGGACGAUCCAAAACGUCACCCAGUGUGUUGUAUCGCCCGAGCAGAAAGGCGAAACUGGGCCCAGAUCCACGGGUAACACAGCAGCAGCUACUGCUGGAAUUGUGGAGGGAAUACUUGAUGCUUGUUGUCACGCAGAGAACACAGCUGCGAUUAACGUUCCUCUGCUCCCCAGGUUCAACAUCAAACCAGAGCACCCCUUGCUCAUCCAACACCAGCGACUUAGACAUUUCUCUUUUGUCCACCCCACCAAGGCUGUUUCCAGCCGCACUAAAACCAACCCUAUGA